CGGCACGCUCCGGCCACGCCCCCCCGCGGACGCGCUUGGUACGCGCGGUGCUCCCCCGCUCGCCGCAGUGGUUCGGCCGCGGCGACCCCUCUCCCGCGGCGCGUCCCCCGCCUUGGUCCCGCCCGGCCCGUCUCCCCGGAGCCGCGCGCCCGCGCCCCACAGUCGGUGGAGCCCGCAGCCCCCCGCCCGCCCUCCCGUUCGCCAUGGUCCGUCCGCGCCGCGCCCCGCACCGCUCCGGCGCCGGGGGUCCCCUGGGCGGUCGCGGCCGCCCCCCGCGGCCCCUCCUGCCGCGCGCCGCUCGCUCGCGCUCCUGGCCCGCCGCCCCCCGGAGCCCGCAGCCUCCGCGGAUCCGGGCCCGCUCGGCCCCGCCCAUGCAAGGUGCCCGGGUCUUCGGGGCUCUGGGUCCCAUCGGGCCUUCCUCGCCUGGUCUGGCCCUUGGGGGGCUGGCUGUGGGCGAGCACCGCCUCAGCAACAAGCUGCUGGCCUGGAGCGGAGUCCUCGAGUGGCAGGAGAAGCGCAGGCCCUUCUCUGACUCCACCGCCAAGCUGAAGCGCACGCUCCCUUGCCAGGCCUACGUGAACCAGGGCGAGAACCUGGAGACGGACCAGUGGCCACAGAAGCUGAUCAUGCAGCUGAUCCCGCAGCAGCUGCUGACCACCCUGGGCCCUCUGUUCCGCAACUCGCAGCUGGCACAGUUCCACUUCACCAACAGAGACUGCGACUCUCUCAAGGGGCUCUGUCGCAUCAUGGGCAACGGCUUCGCGGGGUGCAUGCUGUUCCCCCACAUCUCUCCCUGCGAGGUGCGCGUGCUCAUGCUGCUCUACUCAUCUAAGAAGAAGAUCUUCAUGGGCCUCAUCCCCUACGACCAGAGCGGCUUCGUCAACGCCAUCCGGCAGGUCAUCACCACCCGCAAGCAGGCUGUGGGGCCCGGCGGCGUCCACGCAGGCCCAGUCCAGAUCGUCAACAACAAGUUCCUGGCAUGGAGUGGCGUCAUGGAGUGGCAGGAGCCCAGGCCUGAGCCCAACAGUCGGUCUAAGAGGUGGCUGCCGUCACAUGUCUACGUGAACCAAGGGGAGAUUCUGCGGACAGAGCAGUGGCCUCGGAAGCUGUACAUGCAGCUCAUCCCACAGCAGCUGCUGACCACGCUGGUGCCGCUGUUCCGGAACUCGCGCCUGGUGCAGUUCCACUUCACCAAGGACCUGGAGACGCUCAAGAGCCUGUGCCGGAUCAUGGACAACGGCUUCGCCGGCUGUGUGCACUUCUCCUACAAGGCCUCGUGCGAGAUCCGGGUGCUCAUGCUCCUGUACUCUUCGGAGAAGAAGAUCUUCAUCGGCCUCAUCCCGCACGACCAGAGCAACUUCGUCAAUGGCAUCCGGCGCGUCAUCGCCAACCAGCAGCAGGUGCUGCAGCGGAACCUGGAGCAGGAGCAGCAGCAGCGCGGGAUGGGGGGGUAGGGGCCACUCCCGGCCGGCCCCCCCAGGAGUCACAGAUGCGGCCCCCGCCGAGACUGGUCAGAUCCUUGUGAGCAGGGGCCCUUGGGGACGGCAGCUGCCCAGCCACUCAGAGGACAGAGUCCUGCGCGGUCUCCAAGGACGGCUCCCUUCCGUAUGUUUUCCCAAUAAAAUUUUAAAUCCCCCCCCA